AUGGCUGCCAGAAAUGCUACAGAACUGAAAUGGUAUGGCAGAGCUAUGGUGAUAUAUGAAGCACUGUACAAACAACUUUAUUCACAGGAAGUAGUGAUGUUGGAAGUACUACUGCCAUGUUUAGUAGACUUGCUGGGCUGGAAUCUAAACCGGAAUCUGGACCUGAAUUCAGGCUGGAAUCUAAACCGGAAUCUGGACCUGAUUUUAAGGCAGGAAUCUAAACUGGAAUCUGGACCUGAAUCCAGGCUGGAAUCUGGACCUGAAUCCAGGCUGGAAUCUAAACCGGAAUCUGGACCUGAAUCCAGGCUGGAAUCUAAACCGGAAUCUGGACCUGAAUCCAGGCUGGAAUCUAAACCGGGAUCUGGGCCUGAAUCCAGGCUGGAAUCUAAACCGGAAUCUGGACCUGAAUCCAGGCUGGAAUCUAAACCGGAAUCUGGACCUGAAUCCAGGCCGGAAUCUGGACCUGAAUCCAGGCCCGAAUCUGGACCUGAAUCCAGACUGGAAUCUAAACUGGAAUCUGGACCUGAAUCCAGGCUGGAAUCUAAACUGGAAUCUGGACCCGAAUCCAGGCUGGAAUCUAAACUGGAAUCUGGACCCGAAUCCAGGCUGGAAUCUGAAUCUAAAUUGCAGCUGGAAUUUAAAUCUGAAUCUGAAACCUGGAUCAAGAGUCUGAGGCCAGAAUUUACUUUUCCAUGUAUAAUUUCUUAA